CAUCUUUGUGACGACCUCAAGCCGACCAGUGAAAGCAGAUUCUGGCUCAUUAUUAUUUCAGUGCGGUGUAAUGAAACCCAGGUGAUCUGGUGGCUGUGGGACACAUACGCACGGGAUGGCCGCUGCGAGCGCGAAGGCACCUGUAAGUACCUCCUAAAUCAACCGCAUCCGCGUGCAAACAUGGAGGGACAACAGGGGAUUUAAGGCGGCUUUGUUUCGACCAAUGUCCAUGUUUCUCCAGUUGUGUGAGGGAGGAGAUGAGGUGAGAGUGGGAGUAGUCCUGGCUGCGCUUCCAGACUAUGUGGUUAUUGACGAGGAAGGGUGUGGUGUGCACUGGAAGUCGGCAAAGGACGAGGAAGCGAAAUCCUUCUCCUUUGACCAAGUUGUGACUCUUGACAACAUACAGAGUUUGCACCCUGAGUUCCUGCAGCCCCUCACAGAGUCCACAUCAGGUGGCUACAACGCAGCGCUGCUGAUAUGUGGAGCCUCUACCGAGGAGAUCAACGCUCUGAUUGACCAAACUAUCAUCAGACAGGUCUUGGCAGAUCUGUUGGGUCGUAUGUCGUCACAAGGGGAGGAGGAGUUGUUCGUCUCUGUGUCGUUCGUUCAGGUUUGUCCUCCUAUGAAUCACAGUAUGGACACAUUUUUGGUGCAGGAUCUCACGAUCGUUCGUCAAUGUCAGUUUUACCCAGACGGCAACGCUGUGGAUCUCCUAAACCCCAGCGGGAAGACGCUGGAACUCGUGCUACACCCCGUCCUCGGAAGUCUUGUGGGAGGUUUAUGCGAGGUGUGCGUGUGCUCGGCAGAAGAAGCCUGUGCUCUGUAUGAGACCUGCAGGGAGGCCCUGAAGGCCGAUGCAGCCGCCGUGUUAAAGAGAUGCAGUUCCCUGUUCUCUGUGGCCGUUGAGAGGAAACUUCAUCCACAGGAGGAGCAGUCGGAGAUCUGUCGCAGCAGACUGCAGCUGUUCAGACUGGCAGGAGGAGCCAGCAGGACCGACCUCAGAGGAGUCUGCCCUCUGGUGAAGGUUGUGGACCAAACGCAACGUGAAGCCGCCACCAGUGAGAAGAUCCUCCCUGUCCUCCUAGAUGAUGCCUUAAGGGGAAACAGCAGGACGGCCCUCAUCUACUGUAUCAGCCCUCAGGGUCUCCUAGACGACGAGACCCCCGCUGCUUUAGCUUUGGCCCAGAAAGCGAGAGGUUUGGUGACCGCGGCAACUGUUGAUCGCUGGUGUCCGAGAGCAACGGAGCAGAAGAUCAGAGAUGACAUCGCGGAGCAGAGAAACGCGAUGAUGUCGCAGGGGGAAAGUGACGUUCAGCACACAGUAAAGCUAGCAGGGCUGACCCGAGACCUGCAGGUUGUGAAGAAUCAGUCUUGGGAGAAAAGGAGGGAAGAGUCAAAGAAGAUAAAAGACAAAAGACAGACUUGCCGGACUCCAAAAAGAAAUGUGCACAGCGGCGAUCGCAGAGCGGGUUCAGACACCGUGAUAUAUUUACAAGCCCAACUGAAUAAAGAAAUGGAAGAACACAUCAGAGAGGGCAAAGGGGAUGUGGAGAAAGUGCAGGAGAGAGUGGGACGAAUCCAGCAGCUGAGCGCUGCUCUCAGAGGGGAGACACAGGAGGCUGCUGCAGAGAACUCUGACCUCUGCCAACAAUCUCAGUUGGAAUACAGCAAAUCACAGGAACAGAGGAGGCGACUUAAAGAGGACCACUGGAGAUUACUUCAGGAGGAGGUGGAGAAGAUGGAGAGAGACUUUGCACAGGAACAGCUACCGACAGAAGGCCUCCAGAGGGAGCUGCUGGUGCUGACCAGAGAGAGGAGGGUCCUGGUGCUGCAGAUAGAGGCCCUGCGCGCUGAGGCCCAGCAGGCUGAGAGAGACCUGCACCAUCAAUAUAAAAACCACCAAGCAGAGCUGCGUGGUCACAGAGAGGAGAGCCUGGAGGUGAGAGAACACUCAUUCCCGUUUAAUUUACCGUGUUACAAGCUGGACAGUCCUUUACCACCAGGUGUCUGGAUACCGCAGGUGUUCAGAGUGUUUCGUCAGGUGAGCGAGGAGCAGAGGAGGACGUCGGAGGGCAGAUACAGGAGCGUGCUGCUGGAAGCUGUGCAGGACGCCGUCUACCUCUCUGCCCAGAACCAGCAGCUGCAGGCGGACAACAAGCAACUCCGUAAAGCAUUGGGGGCGUUAAAGGACACACUCGCUGUGCGAGGGGACCCUGCAGCUGGACUGGGACGCCAACAGCAGUGAAUGGAUGACGGGAAGAUCACUGUGCUAAAUAUAGAAACCAUUACACGAUGAAACUGGUUUUCAUGAACACACUUUAUUUGGACUUCGACAUUGUUCUUGGCAUAGAAUGAAAUAAAAUAAUUACGCUA